CUGGGCUGCAGGAAAUGACGACAGCUGGGUGGAGGUAGUUCUGUCUCUUCCUCUCCACGCGGUGGACGAGACCGGUCGGUCUGCACCGUUUGUGUCGAGUGAUGCCCGGGAAACUCCUAAGCGACGCGGAUUUGGACUCAGGCAUGGCCAUGGGAAAAGCGGAGAAGCCACGAAAGCAAAACGAGAAGAGAGGUAGAAAAGAGAAGCCAAAAUCUAAUAAGACUGAAGAGGCAGCAGAUAAAAAGGAAGAAACUAUUUCCCCCAAAGCUAAAAAAGUUAAAAAGAAAACAGAACCUUCUGAGAUUGACAUGAGUCCCCUUAAACCCCAAAAGGCAGUAAAGAAAGAGGAGCCUUCUCAGGAAGACAUUAUUUCUCCUAAAACCAAAAGUGUGAAAAAGAAAAAGGAGCCCCUUGAAAAGAAUGUUGUUUCUCCUAAAGCCAAAAAGAUGAAAAAUGAAGAGAUUUCUGAAGAAGAAAUAGGUGCUCCUAAACCCAAGAAGAUGAAGAAAGAAAAGGAAAUGAAUGGAGAAGUUGGGGAGAAAAAUCCUAAAGUGAAGAAUGGAGAAAUUGGGGGGAAAAAUCUCAAACUGAAGAAUGGACUCUCUCAUUCUGAACCUGACACAAAUGCCAGCGAAGAAAGUAACAGUGAGUUAGAGCAGGAAGUACCUGUGGAGCAAAAAGAAGGAGCAUUUUCUAAUUUUCCCAUAUCUGAAGAGACUAUUAAGCUUCUCAAAGCCCGUGGGGUGACCUACCUGUUUCCUAUACAAGCAAAGACAUUUCACCAUGUCUACAGUGGGAAGGACUUAAUUGCACAGGCACGGACAGGAACUGGGAAGACAUUCUCCUUUGCCAUCCCUUUGAUUGAGAAACUUUUAGGAGAAGUGCAAGACCGGAAGAGAGGACGUGCCCCUCAGGUACUGGUUCUUGCACCCACAAGGGAGUUGGCAAAUCAAGUAAGCAGAGACUUUAGUGACAUCACAAAAAAGUUGGCAGUGGCUUGUUUUUAUGGCGGAACUCCUUAUGGAGGUCAAAUUGAGCGCAUGCGGAAUGGAAUUGAUAUCUUGGUUGGGACACCAGGUCGUAUCAAAGACCAUCUGCAGAAUGGCAAGCUGGAUCUCACCAAACUUAAGCAUGUUGUCCUGGAUGAAGUUGACCAGAUGUUGGAUAUGGGGUUUGCUGAUCAAGUGGAAGAGAUUUUAUGUGUGGCGUAUAAAAAAGAUUCAGAAGACAAUCCCCAAACGUUGCUUUUUUCUGCAACUUGCCCUCAUUGGGUUUAUAAUGUUGCUAAGAAAUACAUGAAAACUACAUAUGAACAGGUGGACCUGAUUGGUAAAAAGACUCAGAAAGCGGCAAUAACUGUGGAGCAUCUGGCUAUCAAGUGCCACUGGACUCAAAGGGCAGCAGUUAUUGGGGACGUGAUUCGAGUGUAUAGUGGUUUUAAUGGACGCACUAUUGUCUUCAGUGAAACCAAGAAGGAAGCGCAGGAAUUGUCACAGAAUACAUCCAUAAAGCAGGAUGCCCAAUCGUUACAUGGAGACAUUCCACAGAAGCAAAGAGAAAUCACCCUGAAAGGUUUUAGAAAUGGUAAUUUUGGUGUUUUGGUUGCAACCAAUGUUGCUGCACGUGGAUUAGAUAUCCCUGAGGUUGACCUGGUUAUACAGAGUUCUCCACCAAAGGAUGUGGAGUCUUACAUUCAUCGUUCUGGGCGAACAGGGAGAGCUGGAAGAACAGGUGUUUGCAUCUGUUUUUAUCAGAACAAAGAAGAAUAUCAGUUAACACAAGUGGAGCAAAAAGCGGGAAUUAAAUUUAAACGAAUAGGUGUUCCUUCUGCAACUGAGAUAAUAAAAGCUUCCAGCAAAGAUGCCAUCAGGCUUUUGGAUUCUGUGCCUCCCACUGCAAUUAGUCACUUCAAGCAGUCAGCUGAGAAACUGAUAGAGGAGAAGGGUGCUGUGGAAGCGUUGGCAGCAGCACUGGCACAUAUUUCCGGUGCCACAUCCGUGGACCAGCGCUCCUUGAUCAACUCAGAGGCGGGCUUUGUGACCAUGGUCUUGCGGUGUUCAAUUGAAAUGCCAAACAUUAGUUAUGCGUGGAAAGAACUUAAAGAGCAACUGGGUGAGGAUAUUGAUUCCAAAGUGAAAGGAAUGGUCUUUCUCAAAGGAAAGCAGGGUGUUUGUUUUGAUGUCCCUACUGCAACAGUAACACAAGUACAGGAAAAAUGGCAUGAUUCAAGGCGUUGGCAGCUCUCUGUGGCUACGGAGCAACCAGAGCUGGAAGGACCACGGGAAGGAUAUCGAGGCUUUAGGGGACAGCGGGAUGGCAAUCGAGGUUUCAGAGGACGGGACGGAAACAGAAACCGAGGCUUCAGAGGACAGCGAUCAGGAGGUGGCAAUAGAAACAACAGAUUUCAAAACAAAGGCCAGAAGAGGAGUUUUAAUAAAGCAUUCGGUUAGUAAUUUGAAAUAGAGACUUUCUAUGGCAAACGUGGAACUGAAUAUUUUUUCAUACAAAGGUUAAAAAAUGAAAGACAUACUGUGUUUCUUCCUAACCACUUGCCCAGUCCCCAUCUCUUCCAAAAAGACAGAUUUCAUCUAAAUUAUUUCAUCUCAUCAUUAUCACUUGGAACUCUAAUGCUACAUCUAUAUCAAGUAUCCCUUUUGACAGGGGUAUAUGAAUUCAUUACAUUUUUAUGCUAAUGUAUUGUCUAGAGUACAAGAUAAAAAUCAAGCACGAAUCUUCCUGUACUUUGUAAGUUGAUUUGUCUUUAUACUUAAAAGUCUCUUAAUAGUGUCCUCCCCUGAAUACCUAUGGGGAAUGCAACAGUCUCUGGAGAAACACUGUGAGCGAUCAAGACUUUGUUCUUUAAUUGGCAUUCCUUGGCCACCUGCCUAACAACGAUUCAUAUGGUCCUGAGUUGUCUGAAAAUUAAUACUGAGCAAUUUUUGAAACAAGAUUUUAAACUUAACUGGGAUGUAAUAUAGUUUAUGCCAGCAUAUGUCCUACUAGGAGGAUGGUGAUACAUUUGAUUGACGUGAUACAGGUUAGCCAUUUUAAGUGCAUUUUAUUAUUUUUAGCUUCUAAUAAGGUGAGUCAGGCUUCAGUGAAUUCAUAGAUUUUACAUGUGUAUAUAUAUGUAUCUAUAUGUAUGCAUACACACGCACGCAUGCAUGUUUUAAUAGAAAGCAAGCAUCUGUUAGGAAUUCCAGAACUAUAAGAUGGCCCAAGUAAGGAGACUGGAUAGGUGAUGCUUGGUAAAAAUGUAUUCCACUUCCUAUUGGAAGAUUAACAUUUACCAAGGAGGAGUUAAGGUAGUAGGGGACACAGAUUUGCAUUGCUUAAGAGUGUGUCAAAACUUACUGAAAAUAUUUUUUGCAUGUGAGGAGAAAAAACAUUGUUGAGAGCAAAGAGAAGAACAAAUGAAGAUGACAAUAAAGCAUUUGCUUGAUGGUGAAAAUGUAAUGCAUUGUUUCUAAAGGUUAACUUCUAAUGAGCACACUGGUUUUUUAUAGGUAGAAGGAUCUAUUAGAUUGUUACUCCAUUGAAAGCUUUAGCUGCUUCCUUUUAAGACAAGCUCUACAUGGUUGUUUUUUUUUUAAGUUGUUACUUUGAGGAAACUGAAGAACUUACUACAGGCCUUGACUAGAUAACUUCUCUGAUUUCUCAAAUAUUUCUCUGGGAAACUUUUCUCCAUGGUGCAGGAGCUUAAGAGUAGUGUUGUCUUCUCGCCUUAAUUCCUAGAAUUUCUGUAAUGAGAAUCUCAGGGAAUAAAUUUUGAUAGGAGAAGUUAAAAUACAUGGCCUAUAUUGUAUUCAUUUAAUUAUUUCAAACUAUUGUCUUUCUUUACCUUGGUUUCCCUUUACUCAGAUGGGCCUUUGUAUAUCUGCCUCCUACUUAAUCACUGUGUAGUUUGGGGCUCAAAUAGCUGACUCAACUCUUGAUUCUUUUUCUGUUUGUACUUCAGUUCUAUCCUUGAAUACUGACUGGAGUGUAUCUCUGUUCUCAGAAAUUCUCUUGAUUUUUACUUUUUGACCUCGUCACUUUUAUCACUUUUUCUCUUCAUGGCUUCCUGUCAAGCCACAGGGAUUUAGGAGAGGUGUUUGGUGACAGUCAACAUUUGUGUCUUGUGGAUUAGAUUCUGGAUUUGCUCAAGUACUGAGCAUAGAAUAGUAACAACCAAAACAUUUCAAGAUUUGAAUAGGAAUGGGUGCCCCAUUAAGAAGAAUAAAAGGAUACAUCCUUUGGGAAGGAACUGCUAAAACUUUGAUGUGAAUAGCCUAAAUAAAAAUCAGGCAUAAAUCAAGAGUAAGGGGGGAGAUUAAAAGGAAUUCUGCUUUAUGCAAUUUAAUUCUAUGGAAAACAUGGCUGUUGGAAUAAGUGAAGCUAAAGAUUCUCCUGAAUCCCAGAAUUCAAACAAUAUAUGUAAAUAUAUAAUUCAGCUACCACUUGGUCUAAAUGGUCUUGUUGGGCUAAACCUGGGAAUUGUUACCAUUUUUACUCUUUUCUACAGAGAAAGUAUUUUCCAAUUUAUGUAUCAACUCAAUUAACUUUUAAAAUACAACCCAUUUUUAUGUUGGAGCUAUAUGUGCAGCCGUUUUAUUUACAGUUGUACAUAAAAUGUUUUUACUGUAAAAUUGAGUUAAUGUAUAAAAUAAUGCUUUAUGCCAUAAUAAAGAUAUUAGU